AAGGAAAAUAAAUUAGAAGAAGCGGUCCUUGUCAAACCCGCUUCCAUUUUUCUCCCACCCACGCCAAAAUGGAUAGGGCAACUCAAUAACGCUCUGACAAUGCAAGUUUCAGUUGAUAUUAGUUCUUCAACGGAUAGCCCCAAAACCAAAGACAUUCUUUAAAAAAGACAUUAGACCAAGAUGAAGACCCGGUUGAUUCUUAGCCUGAGGAAUAGAUGGCCAUCAACUAAGGAUCUUCAAACCAAUAUGGUGGCAAUGAAGUCAGUUCGGGAUUUACACAGUAUUCCGGGCUUCAGUCACGCUAGAGACAGGAGCAACAUAUCCCAGACAAGAAACAACAUUUGGAUGUGCUUAUCACUCUUGGGGGUGGCACUCACCGUUUAUCAAGUCAACAUUGUCUGGAGAGGUUAUACCAAAUAUCCAAUUGGCACAAGAAUAAAGGUCGAAGAAUCCGCUCGACAAUAUUUCCCAGCUAUCACCAUUUGUCCUUACAAUAAGAUCAAGUGUUCUUAUUUGCAAAGAGAUCUGGAAAACUGUCACUCGACCAAUUGCUCUAAUCUAUCGCGCUAUUGCCAGUUGGGAUUGCUUUCUGGUUGUUCAUACAUGAAGAUGGAGCGUGAAAAGCAAUUGAACCAAUCUUCGAAUUUUCAUAUCACUUGCCCAGAUCAAUUUUUGGAGCUGAUUAACACUGAAGAUGGCAACAUUGAGGAUGAUUCUUUAUUUGAUGAAGUUUACGGCCAACUGCAACAAACUGAUCGGCAACGCAUAGGUAUGGAGCGUGAGGUGAUGGUCAAACUUUGCACGAUAAAUCACAGACCUUGCUCAGGGUACUUUGACGUUCAAACCAUCAACACCGUCUCUCGUGGCAAUUGCUUUGGAUUCAAUUACAAUGGGUCCUUCCAAGUUAGAGCUGGUCCAGAGGAGGGCAUGAGUUUAGAAUUCUUCCUUGCCCGAAAUGAAUCCGUUUGGCACUCUAUGAACAACAAGGUGGGUCUGCGCGUGGUUCUUCACCAACCCAAUGAGGUUCCACUUAUUGAGGAAUUGGGAAGGGAUGUUUUUCCGGGAGCAGCCACGAGUUUUAGUCUGCAGAUCAGGCAAAACAUUCGGCAACCUGCACCAUACCCAUCUAAAUGUAUUGGCUCCUGGAAUGAGACCUUUUUCACAACAGCAAAGUUUCCGGUAGUUGCUGAUUGGAAAUAUUCCCAAGUUGGAUGUUCCCGCAUGUGUUUCCUUCAGCAUUUUAUGCAAAAUUGCGAUUGUAUUUAUCACAACCAAGAUGAUAUGAACAUCAAGGAGUAUCAUCAAAAUCAAGGUAUCCAACCAUUUGAGUAUUGCUCAAUGAAAAACCAGACCUCAGUAGAAUGUUUAAAAUCAUCAUACGAUAAAUACAAUAAUGAUAAAUGCCGAUGUCAACCCAGUUGCAACGAAACCAUUUAUGAGAUUGGAACGUCAGCCAUGACCUGGCCUUCCGAAAGUGGAUGGUAUUUUAAAGCUAAAGAGUACAAUAUGACUUCGAGCAGCAAUGGCAAUGAACCAAUCUCUGCAAAAGUUCUUGACAAAAACGAAUCGGAACUUUAUUCAAUAAUUCGUGAUAUUCAACAGAACCUCCUUCGCUUGGACUUCUAUUUCUCAUCCCAAAGCCGCACCGUGAUUGAAGAAAACCCAGUGUAUCCUGAUUUCUUCAGUCUGUUCUCGAAUUUGGGCGGGGCCUUGUCAUUGUGGAUGGGUAUCUCUUUCCUCGCACUUGUUGAAGUGAUCGAGGUCAUCAUUGACUGCGUCUUGAGAGUCAUCCAAAAACGAAGAAAUAAUGUAACUGGUUCUACAAUUACUAAAGAGUAAAACCCCAGUGUUAUUAUCAAUUGUAACAGUAUGGUUUUGGCUUUUCAAGGUAGAUUUUAAUUCAAUUUGACCGAAAUAUCCCUAAUUCUAUGUAUUUGUACAAAGCAAAGCGUCAGUCGGCGAGCUCAAGAAUGCACCUCUGAUCGGCUGCUGUGGGUUGAAACACCAACUGUUAUUAGCGGAAAAACUAACAGGAACACAAAGAGAAAUCUAAAACCAAAAGAAUUGUACAAAAUAUAGAUUAUCAUCAGAAAGAUGCUCGGAACACUUACGGCUAGAAGUUAAGCAACAUAUUGAAUGAACUUCUUACACAAGAGUCCAAUAUCCCCAAGGAGGGUCUUUGACAAAGCUAUAAUACCUAUUAUUAGGAGAUGGUUUUCAUUUUAUACUUUCCAUUCUCUUCUGUCAUUCUUUCCGAUAACCCGGUUUUAGAUUGUUCGCUUUCAGGAAUCAUUGUGAGACAAACUUUUGAGCAGCACGUACUUGAAUCGUUCUAAUAAAGUUCAUCAAUUUUAAACCUUGCCUUUAUUGAAAGUUAUCAGGUAAGACAAUGGUGGAAUAAAUUGCUAUCAUAAAUUGGGACUUUUGAAAGGUAAAUAUUUGAUUGAUUGAUUUCUGGAAUGAUUUGUUCAAGAACCAACAACAGUAAAUAUGCCAAUAGUUUGCAUACCUCUUGCACCUAUAGAAUAUUCUUGAGCAUAUAUUCCUCAGUUUUUGGAUAAGAGAAAGCUUGUGUUCACCAAAACGAAGGCAGGAGAUGAGGAAAUUAACACUUGUUACAUUCUUGGACAGAUUGUGGAAUAAGGACAGAAUGGAAAAUCCCAGGGGGGAUGACAAUUGAAAGAAUUGAACCUACAGUAUGCAAGCAGAAAAUAAACGGUAAUUUGUGACAUUGUUUUUUUGCUAAUGAAUUUCAAGUUUAACAGGAAGGCCGCACGUUC